UCCUACGGUAGUAAUCUGCGCAAUUUAUAGCGAUUACUCGCGUACUCAACAUUGGAAGAGUCAGCUAUUAAGCGAGAAGAAAAAUGUUGAUGAUUUUGCCUAAAGGAUGGCCAUGGAUGGCUUUUCCCCUUGUUGGAUAUGGAAUAGGAUGGUUUUUGGAUAGGAAAGAAACCGAAAGGAUGGUGUUAUUCCGCGAUAAAAGUGCUUUGUAUGGAAGGGUAUUAAAGGAAGGUGAACAACCAUCGUGGCCAUAGAAUGUUUUAAUUGAUAGCUAAGAUCUAAGCUAUAUAGAUGUUUGAGAAAAAUAAAUUACAAAUUAAGAAAAUGUUUUAUUAAUAUUAUUUAAUAAAAUUAGAUUUUUAAUCAG